AUGUCGGUUGUCAAGUCCUCGUACGACCCCAAGGACAUGCAGUUCCGCCACCUGGGCCCCACUGGCCUCAAGGUGAGCGUGCUCUCCUUGGGAGGAUGGUUGACCUACGGAGGCACCCAGAAGGGCAACAUCGUCAAGGAAUGCCUGCAAACCGCCUGGGACCACGGCAUCAACACCUUUGACACCGCCGAGGUCUACUCCAACGGAGCUUGCGAGGUCGAGAUGGGACAGGCCCUGAAGGAGCUCGACUGGCCCAGAGACGAGUAUGUCCUCACCACAAAGGUUUUCUUUGGCACUGGUCGCAAGGAGCCCAACACCCGAGGUCUGAGCCGCAAGCACAUCGUCGAGGGUCUCAAGAGCUCUCUGGAGCGUCUCCAGCAGCCUUAUGUCGAUAUCGUCUUCGCCCACCGACCCGACUACGCCACCCCUCUCAAGGAGAUUGUUGAGGGUUUCACUCAGGUCAUCCGAAACCUUAACCUUGCCUACUACUGGGGAACUUCUGAAUGGAGCGCCCAACAAAUCGCUGAGGCCACUCAGAUCGCCGAGCGAUACAACCUCAUCGCUCCUGUUGUCGAGCAGCCCCAGUACAACGCCUUCCACCGUGAGCGCUUCGAGGUCGAGUAUGAACCCCUCUUCAAGCAGUUCAACUACGGAACCACCAUCUGGUCUCCCCUGGCCUCCGGUCUCCUGACUGGAAAGUACAACGACGGCAUCCCCGAGGGCUCCCGCUUCGCCACAAACAAGGAGUUCUUCAGCAAGACCAUCGAGGCCCUGCAGACCGAGGAAGGAAAGGCCAAGAUCGAAAAGGUCAAGAAGCUCACUGCAAUUGCUGAGCGCCUGGGUGGAAACACAUCUCAGCUCGCCCUGGCCUGGUGCCUCAAGAACCCCAACGUCAGCACUGUGAUCCUGGGAGCCACCAAGGUUGAGCAGAUUGAGGACAAUGUCAAGUCUGUGAAGCUUUCCGAGAAGAUCACAGAUGAGAUUUACCAGGAGAUUGAGGCGAUUCUCGACAACGCGCCUACCAAGCCCUUUACCUACGGACGGGACAGGUAG